UCGAUCAAUAAAACGAAAGAAUACAUAUUUGACGUGAAAUCAAAUGAACUGGCCGGUCGUACGAAGCGAUGUAGUGGACGAAUCCUUACGAUUUUACGACUAUUCGUAUCUACGAUCUGCGACUCGCAAAAAGAAAAAAAGAAGAAAAAUUAGGGAAGAUCGUUGUGUUUAGGCUAGAGAAACAAAAUUUUGUUUAAACUCGAUCAGUUUAAAGGGGUAAAAGGAUACGCCGACGAAAGGAACUACAUCAAACGUAACACGUUACGAUGGGAAUCGAGUGACAUUCUAGAAACUUGGAGGAGUUUUUAUCCAAGAAUUUUUGGAGAUUUUUUAAAACACAAAGGGACAAUGUGCAUCGUCUUUAAAUAUAUAAAUCAUCGAGUCGGUGUUGAAAAUGUUAAAAUACAAAAUAACAUUUUCUGUUAUGACAAGCGUGACCAGCGUGAAACGCAUUUCCCUUGAUGACAGGAAUUUUUCGACGAAAGAACAAGAACACGGAAGAAACUUAUAACCUAAAGUCAUCAGGAUGUUUGCGUUUCGUGGCAGGGUAAAUUCCCCAUACAAUUCUCCUAAUCUCUCGACCGCAACGAGGUCGCCUGUAGGAUUCGCGAACGAGUACCAUAAAUACGGAAGAAACGGUCAUUUCGAGUCCAUUCUUCGCGUUCGACUCGUGGUGCAACGACGAAACAGUGAUCGUAGUUGGUUAUUAGGACAGGUAGGUCCAUCUUACGCCACAUCUCGCAUUAACUAUUAACGUCACUGAUCAUAAUUAUUCGAACGAGAUCGAUAUUUUGAAAUAGACAGAAUAUCUUUAAAUAAUUUUUGAAAUCCAAUUGUUGAAUGGUAUCAGGGACGAAAGUUUAGCGCGACAUAUCGUUAGAAUUUAAAAAUUCAUAACCUUAAAACACUGUAAGUGCCAAGAAGCAGGAUUUUCAGGAGAAGAAGAAUCCUUAUGCAUUAAUGCAGUUUAAAUUGGUGAAAAAGACAAGUGUAUUUGUAGAAAACUCUGUACGUGUCACCUUUUAUAGUUAGUUGUAUUAUAUGAUGUUAUUAUGUUAUGUUAGUUGUAUUUGUAGUUGCAUUCAUCUAAUUUUUCUCUGUAGAGGCGACGUCUGACACCAUCUUCUGGCAUAAUUAAUAAGUAUUUAAAAAGCGAAAUUGCACUCAAACUCUAUACCGCAGUAUUCCCAUUGGUAUGUAGAAGAUUUUCCAAUAGAAAGUCGAAGUUUUUCAAUUUUGGCACUCACAAUGUUUCUUACGAGCACUGUUCGGUUAUAAACAGUUACUAUGUAUAUAGGGUGUUUCCGACAACAGGAAAGGAGGUCGAAAAUAUCGUCUGAUAUAAAAGAAUGACGAGAUCGCUCGUUACUUUAGCGCUCUUAUCAGCGGUGGCAUGCGAUAUCGAUGCGACGAAGAUAAAGGACACUUCUACGGAAAGCAUAAACGAUGAAACGACACCGACGUUCAUUCUGGAUGUGCAUUGUUCGUGGAAACAUGGAAGACGUGGAUCGUGGCAAGACGCCAUUUGUUUCGAAAUCGAUGACGAUUCUUCACGAGAGACUACUAAAUCGCUAAAACUUACACCUUUCACAGCGAACAGAUACGUGGACCUAAAUGGCAAACAAUCGCAAUACGAUACAUGGAAUCUGGCAAAGAGAAUAGGAACCGAGCACGUAGGAUGUCGUAUCCUAAAUCCUACCAUACCAAGAUCGGUAGAGUUUCGUAAACUAUUGGAAAGAGACGAUCGUUUCGCAUCGUUUAAUUCGAAGGAAUGUUGCUAUCGUCGACAACUAGGCUGGGAAAAGCAAAAUCCAUUCUACGUGGAGGAACCAAGAUGGAUAGAAAUUGAUAAUGAUCACAAGGAGAGUCAUUCGCGUCAUAGCCGUUUGGAGACGAUCGAUCCAUUUAUCAUUUCUCGGGGAAAGAAGUUUCACGAAAAAUUAACAAACAUCGUGAACGACUCGAAGAGAGGAGAAUCGCCGAUCGAGUACGACGAUCCGAAAACGAUCGAGUCAACGAUGGAAGAUAGAGGAUCGACGUAUCCGAAUUCGCGACUCGGAAGAAAUAAAAGUAACGACAACUACGACGACAGCGGUGAUAACAAUGAAGAAGAGAAAAAUCUGAAAAGGACGAAUGAAAAAUGUAUCGACUAUUUACCAUCAACUAACUAUGAGAAUUCGUUGUUUGCUACGCGAAGCAAAAGGGCGUACGACGAGCGAAAGAGACAUUCGAAAAACAAGGAAAAGAGCGGGAGAUUCGAAAAAGUGGAGUCAACGUUUGGCAAACAGAAAGACAAGCGUGGAGCGGAUUCUAGAGAAACACCGGCGACGUAUCGUUCGAAAGACGAAAUAGUCUCACGUCCGAUUUACACGCCUCGACUGACGACAUUUCACAUGCCGAUCGAAUUGGCUCGCAUUUCGAGGAACGCGAUUGGCGAGAAGGGUAAUUCUGUUUUAUUUCACGUUCGAAUGAAAGGCGACUCGAACACGGCAAACAGUGCCUCCGCCGUCGUAAAGAAUAUUGUGGUCGAAUCUACGUACCGCCCAAAUUGGCGGUACAGACAUGUUCGUAAAACGACGCCGACUAUCUUGGCUUAUCUCGAAAGAGAGCGAAGGGGUAGUGUCGGUUAUGACAAGCUGGAUAGCAUACUCAGGCAACCUUACUUCAUUUCCAAAGGUAAAAGAACUAAUAAUUGGCACGACGAGAAGAUAUUAUCCGAACAACUAGAGUCGAAAGAAUUCGAAUCGAUGAUAGAUAGCUUCAUGGAUAAAGGAAAGUUGAGGGAAGAUUUGAAAUGCGAUUCGAACAAAUGCAAAGAUCGUUUUAGCGAAAGAGAAAGGAGAACAAAGAAACUCCAAGAUCACCUUCAAAGAGUUGAAACGAAGGGAAUUGUUAAAGACUUAUUAUCCAAGUUCGAUCCCUUUUACGCGUCCAGAGGUAAAAGACUGUUGUUACCAUCAUUGAACGAAUCAUUCUGAUUAAAUGCUAAU